CUCCUUGGAGCCUGCGGUCAGUCUGCGAGACAACUCUGGACAAUGAACAUCGCCGUGGUGCAGCAGCCGAGGGUGGAGAUGCCGCUGGUGGUGGGGUUAGAAGGUCACAGGGAAUGGUCGUCUGGACUUUGCUCGUGCUUUGAGGACUGUAACUCUGGAUGCUUCACCUGUUGGUGCAUGCCGUGCAUGCUGUGCCAGCUCGCCUCUCAAAUGAAGGAGUGCACCCUCCUGCCCUGCAUGCUGCCCUGCACCCUCCUCGCCAUGAGAACCAAACUCAGGACCAUGGGGGACAUCAAGGGGAGUAUCUGCAAGGACUACUGUGCAGUCACCUGCUGCCCCUCGUGUGCCAUGUGUCAGAUGGCCCGGGAAUUGAAACACAUGGGCUGUAGUCACGUGUCCACAGUCCUGUACAGCGAUUGGACAACCAUUGGCGCCUUUUGCCUUGCAAAAAUUGUCUUCUUCAAGUCUUCAAUUUUCUAGAAAGUGUGUCAGAUGCUUCUCCGAAAAUUACAAAUAAAAUACGAACUCCAGCAAAGAAAACUCCGCUCUUAGAUUCACAUUUUUAAAUUCUUACUGUGUUAUUCUCAAACUGUACCUCAAAUAAUUUUAUAAUGAUGUCUCAAGACUUUAAACUUUCGUUUAGUAAAAGAUUUUCAAAAUCUGUAAUAUUUACAAAAUCGUUUUUUUGUGUUAUUGGUUUAUGCUCUGAUUGUACAGUAACAUCGUUUUUGAAAGGAGUCUCUGAACACUAAAAAUCCUGUUUAUUAAAAAAAUCUUUGAACCUGUAA